AUGUCCUAUGCUAGCCUCGACGAGAAAACACUCUACAUCCAGGGCGGAUUCACCACCGUCGGCACUCAAAGAACUCAGGUCAAUCAAUUCGCUGCCCUCGAUCUGACAGUACCGUCCUGGCCAACCUCCAGCCCACCAUGGAUGAUUCCCCCAUAUAAGUCGGGUAUCGCCCCCAACUCUAGUUGGCACUCGAUGGCAGUGUCAAAGGACCAUGCAAAUCUCUUUCUCUGGGACCCAUUCAACACCGGCUGGUCGACUUUUAAUAUUGCAGACAGGACGUGGACCAACUUCACUCUCCCUGUUGACGCCACUCGACAGCUUGCAAUCCGGAGCGCUGUUGAUUACAACACAGGAUAUGUCUAUGCCCCUACAGGGACCAGCAACGGAACUCAGAUGGCCAUGAACGCCCUAUUCUCUGCUGCUUAUACCACCUCAGCGAUGCCGACGGACCUCAUGCCGGUCCCUAUCAAUCACGAGACGUUUGUCUGGUCUACGGUCAGAGGCACAUUUCUUCACUACGGCGGGAAAACGAUGUUUGGGAACAAUGCCAACCCCUAUCUUAACGAGUACAGCCCCACGAAUGGAUGGUCUCGUGUGACCACGUCGGGUCCAUCCCCUGGUGAUUUGAACGUAACGGAGAACUCGAGUUCUGCGAUCUACAUCCUUGAUGUCAAGACUGCCCAAUGGACUGCCGGUAAGGUUGCCAACGUCAACCAGGCCCGCUGCAACAUGGCAUGCGCUGUCGCCGGAGAUAGCUUCAUCGCUUGGGGAGGUGACAAUAAGCGUGUGAACAUGGAUGCGGCACCAAUUGUAUAUAAUCUCGUCAGCAACGAAUGGAGCACUCAGUUCAACCUGGUAUCACCUGUCGGUCCAUCACCACCGACUCCUUCAGGACCCAACUAUGCAGCGAUCGGAGGCGGUGUCGCCGGUGCCAUUGCUCUUCUCGGACUCGUUGCAUUCCUUGUCAAGCGGCACAAGCGUAACAAGAGGAAGAAGGGACAGCCAGCUCUGGGUCAUGAGUAUCAGGAGACAAGAAAGUCCAGCGAGGAUUCAGUCACACCCUUUACUGGAGCACCUAAACCUCCAAAGUCCGAGCCCGUUUCUCAGGCAUACUCUAAGUCUCAACAACAACUCCACCAUUACCAACAGGAGCAAGAAUACAAUCACCGUCAGCAGUAUCAAUACCAGCCAACACUAGAACCUCGUCCAAUGUUAAGAUACGAAUCUCGCCCUCAAACCGAAUACCAUUCUCAGCACCAAAAUUACUACUCUAGCCAUGUCCCCGCAUUUUCACCAUACACCCCUGCACCACCACCACUACAACCACGCCCUACCCAGCAACAGGAUUAUGUUCCCAUGUCACCUAUUGAAUUUGUCGCCACCACUGCAAACGUCACACCAGAGGAGAGCGUGAGUGUCUACAGCCCCACCAGCACAUUUGGCCACAGCAGUAGCGGGGGAUAUACCCGUGAUGUCAAUAUGUUCUCUCCUACCGCCAGCAUCUUUGCACAAAACGGGGGUUAUUCGCGGGAUGUGAAACCAAUCUCACCCACCAACGAAUACGCUCCAGCAACCUCGGCUCAGUUCAGGACCUCGAAGGAUCCUCAUAUCUACAUGGGGAUGACGUACACAUCGAUCCCUGGAAACCCGCAGUUCAUCCCCGCACCACCACCAGCAGAACCAACUACAACGAUAGGAACGCCACGUCAGAACCCACAACUCCACCCAGAACCUGGACCCUCAGACGAGAACUCCAAACUCAACAUCGUCUAA